GUUGCCUACACAGCAUGUACGUAAAACUCACAUAACUGAUGUAAUCUACGUAAAACCACAUUUCGACAAGUUUCAUCACAUCCGACGCGGAGUGAUGGCCGACUUCGGCGUGCGCGCCAAAACCUCGCGGAUUCCGUGGCUUCUGCUGCUCUGGUGGACGCAGAAGAUAUUGUGGCUACGUCGGUGGCUCAAGAUCUGGGUACAGAGGCCUCUCAUGCGGCUUGGUAUGGGCUCAGAAGACGUUGAAGAGGUCGAGAACGAAGAGGUCUCGACUCAUCCGGACGACCAGCAUCCGGAUGCUGCUCUUCCCUGUGGUCUCGUUAAUAGUGGCAAUUUGUGCUUCGUGAGCGCCGUUCUGCAAUGUCUCGCUACAGUCCCAGGCUUCCUGGACGGCGUGGACCGCGCUUUGCGUAUGCGUACACAGCUGCACAUGGUACGGCAGGCAGAUGACACGCAGACGCAGAAACUUAUGGUAGCUGAGACGCUCGUAAGUCUCUUAAGAGGGAUCUCGCCUAUUAAUGAGGAGCUGGAGGCUGAAGCAGAAGCCGGAGCCAGACAGGAACGACAAAGACACAAUCGAGACGACAAUCAGCAGAAAAUGAGACGCUUUAGGACGGCUGCCAGUCGAUGUACCUACUUAAUUUCCAGUGCUGCAUCAAGACAGGAACAACAGGACGCUGAGGAAUUUCUGACGUUCCUUCUGGAGCUGCUACACGACCUACUACGAGCUCCAGCGCAGCCUGUUCGAUCAGAUGAUGAAGAACGACAACAGUUUCUGCGUGCUGAGAAGCUGUGUUCCAAGAAACUCAGAAGCUAUGACCCGAACGACCCCAGAUCAUACAUGCGGGCUGUCGCAAACCUUGGUGAAGUGCGAUGGAAUUAUUUCUUACGACAGAACUCUUCUGUAAUUACCGAUUUGUUUUCGGGACAGACUGUACGUGGCUCCCAGUGCUGUAGUUGUGCGAAUCUCACGUGCCUUCACGAAGAACAAAGAGUCAUUUCACUUACAAUUGCCACAGGGAAAGGUGACCAGACGCUGGCUGAGUGUCUGGAACACUUUCGUCAUCCUGAGCAGCUCACAGGCGAGAAUCGAGUGUUCUGCGACGGCUACUGUCAGGCCAAAACUACCCGCCUCACCCAAAUCUUGUUGCAACGUGUGCCGCCUGUAUUAGUUCUUCGGUUGCAGCGGUUUAAACACACAUCCGUGAGAGGACAUGCAGAGAAAGUGGACACUCCCGUGAGUUUUCCAUGCGGGAGCGACAAUUUCCUGGACAUUACGAUGAACGCUUUCUUCCGGGACGACGAGAAGGGUGUCAAGUUCGAGUUGGUCGGUGUGUGUGCUCAUCUUGGCGGAUCAAAUGAUUCUGGUCACUACGUUGCUUACGUGAGGCAUCGGGCCCCCAGACGAGAUGCUGAAAGUUCUGUUCAGUGGCUCCGAAUUGACGACGAAGUGGUCACAGUGAUAGAGGAAUCCAAACUUCGAAGCGAGACUUUGACCACUGCAUACUUGCUCUUCUACUCUCAAGUGGUCAGAUGAGUAAAUGAAUCCAUGAAAAAAAUAUUAUUGUAUCGCCAGACAAUUUUGAUUGUGAAAUCGGGGGGGGGUUACGCGAUGACACGCAGUUCGAAUGAGAGACUGAAGACUUUAAAGUCUCGGUGUUU